CUGGCCAGAGGGCCAUGCGGCCGGGGAGACGGGGCAGGCCCCACCUCCUUUGUCCGCCCUGCCCUCCCAUUGGCCAGAGCCGGGGGGCGGGGGCGGAGCCAGGGUCCGGGGCCGAAAGCACUGGGCCGGGGGCGGGGCCGGGCGGUGGGCGGGUGGUGAAAGUGCGCUCUCGGCGGCGCCGGUGCGCGAGGUUGCGGGCGUGCUUCAGUGGCCUGCCCCGCGCCCGCCGCUGCCAUGGACGGUCUGCGCCAGCGCUUCGAACGUUUUCUGGAACAGAAGAACGUGGCCACCGAAGCGCUCGGGGCGCUCGAAGCAAGGACCGGUGUAGAGAAGCGGUAUCUCGCCGCGGGAGCCCUCGCCCUUCUAGGCCUGUAUCUUCUGUUCGGUUACGGGGCCUCUCUACUGUGCAAUGUCAUCGGAUUUGUAUACCCCGCAUAUGCUUCAGUCAAAGCUAUCGAGAGCCCAAGCAAGGAAGACGACACUGUGUGGCUAACCUACUGGGUGGUGUACGCCCUGUUCGGUCUGGUCGAAUUCUUCAGCGAUCUACUCCUGUUCUGGUUCCCUUUCUACUACGCGGGCAAGUGCGCCUUCCUGUUAUUUUGCAUGACGCCCGGACCCUGGAACGGGGCAUUACUACUAUACCAUCGCGUCAUAAGACCACUCUUUCUAAAGCACCACAUGGCUCUAGACAGCGCCGCGAGCCAGCUAAGCGGAAGAGCAUUGGACCUAGCAGCUGGGAUAACCCGGGACGUACUUCAGGCCUUGGCUCGGGGCCGGGCUCUCGUCACCCCAGCAUCAACAUCGGAACCCCCAGCCGCUCUGGAACUGGACCGUAUCCAAGUAAAGUCAGACCCCACUCCUGAACCACAAGUGAGGAGGUCUGCUGGCAGUCUGUGUGCGGAUUCCCCAGCCAAUGACAAGGAACGCACAGCUGAUAAUGUCCAGGCCUCUGACAGUUCUUCAGACUCCCAGACAAAGACACCACUGCAACCACAGCCUCAGCCACAACCGCAACCGCAACCACAACCACAACCACAACCACAACCACAACCACAACGCCGAACCUCAAGCCCAAGUAAGACAGUAGGAAGCCCCUCACGGGCCACGAAUGGGCAGUCCCCGUCCCCAGUCAGCCCAGGCCCUGCAUCUGUAUCCCGGGGUCAGCUGGCCACUGUUUCUGCCAGCGGCUCCCAGAUUCCCAGCAAGUCCCGGCCCCAUCGCAGCCGGGGCAGUUUGACUCCCAGGGCUGCACAGCGUGCCCGACUGCCCAGUGGGACUCUGGGCUCCGCUCAGCUGCCCAUGCGCUCGGGAGGUGCCUCCCAGCCAGCAGGCCGGACCUUGGGACACAAUCGCACAACAGGCCGCCACACGGGAACAAACCACCAGACCCCUCAGGUCUCCGCCACAGGCCGAUCGGCAGCCGCAGCAACAGCCUCCGCAGCAGCCCCAGCAGCCCCAGCAGCCCCAGCAGCAGCAGCGCCAGCAGCCACAACUGCACCCACUUCCACACAGCGUGUCAGUGUCUCCGCCCAGGACUCACCUAGGGCCCAGUCUCCCAGCACAUCCCCUGACCCCAACCAGGCUGGCAGCAAGGCUCCUGUGGAGCCAGGGGACGCAGGUUCCAAGAACAAGCAGGGCCAGAAGACACAGGUGGCCGGCACCUCAGCACCCUCCGAGGCACUGGUCCCCUGUCACUCUGAUUCCUCUCUGGAUUAUUUGUCCGAGUCUACCACGGAGAUCACCUGUAAAUGGCCACAGUAUAGUCACCAGCUGCGUUGCCCCAGACACUGCUGGCUUUUGCCACAUCUGGCAUACUAGCACCACCCUUGCACACAUGUGGGCCACAAGACCGAGAGACCCCUGCCCAAGGAGCCACAUGAAACACUAGACCACCUGAGCACCGUACAAGAGCCUCACCGAAUAACUGCCCGUCAUCAAAACAAGUCAAACAUCUGCCGCAGUGCCACAUGAAACACCCACCAGGCAGGCCUCCACACGUCAGACCUGCCCGUGGACUCCCAAGUGAGACACCUUUUACACAGCCCCACAUGAAACACCCUCACAGCAGCACAAAACACCCAUGAAGGUGCACGUGAAACACCAUCCCGUGGUCCCCCGUGUAACAUCUCUCCUCCAAGGUGUGCAAUAAAACCACCCGCUCAGGCUCA